AAAAGCUAAGAAAGUCGAAGACGACUGAAACACAGAGAGAGAGAGAGAGAGAGAGAGAGAGAGAGAGAGACGAAGCUUCCCCAGAAAAACAAAAGAACUAAACUUUCGAUUCCCUUUCGUUCCUUAAUCAUUUCCACAAGUCUGAAAUUUUUUGAAGCCAAGAUUCGAUUUUUUUGGGAGUCUCUGAAGGGAAGCCCUCUUAAUUGUUCGAUUCGAUUUCGUUGGAUCGGAGAAAAGGGUUUUUUGUUCUCUGAAGGUCGUUAGAGAUGGAUGAGGUGGGUCCUCAAGUAGCUGGUCCGGUCUCAAUUCACCAUCCCAUAGGGAGAAAACGAGAUCUUUAUUACCAGAUGUCGAAUCGUCAGCCGUACUGGCUUGUCCCUCCUCAGCCACAGAACGAUUGGAACCCUAAGAUGUGGGAAUGGGACAGUCAGAGAUUCGAAGCUAAACCUGUAGAGGCAGCUGAACAGUCUGAUCUUCAGGUUGGGAACGGCACGCAGUUUGAUCUCAAUGCGAACAACAACAACAACGGAGGUUUGAGUUAUGAAGGAGAAGAAAUAAGAGGUCUUGAUUUGAAUCUAAGCACCGUGGAAGAGACCACCAGACCUAGCAAGAAGGUUAAGUCUGGAUCUCCGGGGAGGAACUACCCCAAGUGCCAGGUGGAUAACUGUAACGAAGAUCUAUCAGUUGCUAAGGACUAUCACAGAAGACAUAAGGUGUGCGAGGUUCACAGUAAAGCUACCAAAGCUCUUGUUGGGAAUCAGAUGCAGAGGUUUUGCCAACAGUGUAGCAGGUUUCAUCUUCUUUCCGAGUUUGACGAGGGGAAGAGAAGCUGCAGGCGGAGGUUAGCUGGACAUAACAGGAGGAGAAGGAAAACUCAGCCGGAGGAGGUUACAUCUGGUGGGGUUGUAGCAGCUUCUGAUCAAAACAAAGCUAAUGUGGAUGUUAUGGCUUUGUUAACAGCUUUGGCUUGUGCACAAGGUAGGAACGGUACUCAACCUAAUGGAUCUCCAGCAGUGCCGCAAAGAGAGCAGCUUCUUCAGAUACUCAACAAGAUCAAUGCGUUGCCUCUCCCUAUGGAUCUUGUCUCUAAGUUGAACAGUAUCAGAGUUUUAGCGAGGAAAAAUCUUGAUCAACCUAUGAACUCACGAAAUGAUGUGAAUGGGGCGGCCUCUUCUUCUCCUUCUACAAUGGACUUGCUUGCUGUUCUCUCUUCCACUCUAGGUUCGUCUGCACCUGAGGCCAUAGCGUUCUUAUCUCAAGGAGGAUUUGGUAGCAAUGAUAAGACUAAGCUAACUUCACCUGACCAAGCUACUGCAACCAAUUUAGAAAAGAGGACUUUGGAGUUUCCUCCUUUUGUGGGAGGUGAGAGAACCAGCAGCAGCAACAACCCGUCUCCUUCUCAGGAGACUAGAUCUUCUAGCUUGUCUCUUCAACUAUUCACCUCUUCUCCAGAGGAUGAGAGGCAACAACCAACGGUUGCAUCUUUAGGGAAGUACUAUUCCUCCGCGAGCAGCAACCCUGUGGAAGAUAGAUCACCGUCAUCGUCUCCGGUCAUGCAGGAGCUGUUCCCAAUGCAGACGUCUCCUGAAACCAUGAGAUCUAACAAUUGCAAAAACUCUAGUCCCUGUCCGAGGAAUAGUUGUUUGCCUUUAGAGCUUUUUGGUGGAUCAAACAGAGGAGCUGCUGCUGCAAAUCCUAGUUAUGCUUCGUCUGGUUCGGAUUAUUCACCUCCCAGCUUAAACUCUGAUUCUCAGGACCGCACAGGGAAGAUAGUUUUCAAACUGCUUGGAAAAGAUCCUAGUCAGCUCCCUGGGACAUUGAGAACCGAGAUCUCUAGCUGGCUUUCUAGCAUUCCAUCAGAAAUGGAGAGUUAUAUUAGGCCUGGCUGUGUUAUUCUAUCUGUCUAUGUGGCAAUGUCAGCUUCUGCUUGGGAACAACUUGAAGAAAACUUGCUGCAGCGAGUUAGUUCUUUGGUUCAAGAUUCAGAGUUUUGGAGCAGCACAAGGUUUUUAGUCAACACAGGCAGACAGCUCGCGUCAUACAAACAUGGUAGAAUUCGUCUGAGCAAAUCUUGGAGAACGCUGAGUUCACCAGAGCUGAUCACGGUGUCACCUGUGGCUGUUGUAGCCGGUGAAGAAACUACUUUGGUAGUAAGAGGAAGAAGCUUGACUAAUGAUGGAAUCAGUUUCCGUUGCGCUCAUAUGGGUAACUAUACCUCAGUGGAAGUAACUGGAACGGCGCAUAGAAGCACCAAAUAUGAUGAGUUAAAUGUAAAUAGGUUCAAAGUCAAUACCUCUGGCUCUCUGGGGCGCUGUUUCCUUGAGGUGGAGAAUGGAUUCAGAAGCGAUAGUUUCCCUUUGAUUAUCGCCAACACCACCAUUUGCAAAGAGCUGAAUCGCCUUGAAGAUGAGUUUCAUCCAAGUUCAAGAGAAGAAGUUCUUUGCUUCUUGAACGAGCUCGGUUGGCUGUUUCAGAAGAAAUGUAGAUCCGAAUCAGACUUCUCCCUCUCUCGCUUCAAGUUUCUGCUUGUAAGCUCUGUUGAGAGAGACUACUCUUCUCUCGUGAGAGCCCUCCUGGAUAUGAUAGUGGAGAGAGACGGUGUGAUGAGCAAAGAGUCUUUAGAUAUGUUGGCUGAGUCUCAGCUGCUGAGCCGAGCUGUCAAAAGGAAGAACACAAAGAUGGCGGAGACGCUGAUUCAUUACAGUGCUAAAAGGUUCAUCUUCUUGCCUAGCGUCAAGGGACCUGGUGGUAUCACGCCUCUGCAUCUGGCUGCUUCUACUUCUGGCUCGGAGGAUAUGAUUGAUGUCUUGACUAAUGAUCCACAAGAGAUUGGAUUGUCCUCUUGGAAUACGUUAAUAGAUGCAAGUGGACAGACUCCGUUUAGCUACGCUGCAAUGAGGAGCAACCACGGUUACAACACCCUGGUGUCUCGCAAACUUGCAGACAAGAGAAACGGUCAAGUAUCUUUAAACAUCGAAAACGGGAUCGACCAGAUUGGUUUGAGUAAGAGGCUAAGCUCGGAUCUCAAAAGAUCUUGCAACACAUGCGCAAGCGUGGCCCUCAAGUAUCAGAAGAAGGUAUCAGGCACACGUCGCUUGUUUCCAACUCGGAUCAUUCACUCAAUGGUUGCCGUUGCUACCGUCUGUGUCUGCGUCUGCGUGUUUAUGCAUGCUUUCCCUAUCGUCAGACAAGGGUCACACUUCAGCUGGGGAGGUCUUGAUUAUGGCUCAGUCUAA